AUGUGUUUACCUCUCAUACUUUUAAGCGUUGUGUUUUCCUGUGCCAUGCUGGCCGGCUUUAUGGAAGCUCUUCUCUGCUGCCUCACUUCAAAGUCAACCAACGUUGUGGUUCCCAUUGAGACAUCCGAAAAUACAGACGGUUACGAAUUUGUCGAGGUUAAACCGGGCCGGGUGCUUCGUGUUCGCCAUGUAAUGGCUGAGCGGUCGUCAGUGGAGCAACCCACAGGGCAGGGUGGGUGCGUCAGCUGCAAAAGGAGGAUCUCCGUCUUCUGCAAUGGACAGCUAUUUAUUGAGAACUUGGGUGACAAAGCAGGGGCGGAGCUGAAAACAUGCCAAAAUGGGGACACGGAACCCAACAGCACCGUGGAGGUAGAACUGACAGACUGUGAAAACUCCUCGCCACCUGUUCGAAUACCUGAUCCUAAGUUGGACUCGGUCACAGGAAAAGUCAUAACAUCUGAGAUGAAAGCAGCAGGGGACACACUUCCCUCUCAGCAGACUGAAGCUUCACGGAACCAACACAGACGAAAACUGAAACGCACUGUAGUGAUUGACUGCGAGAGAAAAAUAACAGCAUGUAAAGGCACACAUCCGGAUGUUGCUGUUUUUUUCAUCCAUGGUGUGGGAGGCUCUCUGGAUAUCUGGAGAAGCCAGUUGGACUUCUUUUCUCGACUGGGGUAUGAAGUGAUUGCCCCUGACCUAGCAGGACACGGGUCCAGCUCAGCACCUCUGAUCCCUGCCGCUUAUACUUUUUACGCGCUGGCAGAAGAUAUGCGACUAGUCUUCAAGCGAUACGCACGCAAGAGGAAUAUUCUCAUAGGACAUUCUUAUGGGGUGUCAUUCUGUACGUUCUUGGCCCAUGAGUAUCCAGAACAGAUCCAUAAGGUGGUGAUGAUCAAUGGCGGUGGUCCCACAGCUCUGGAGCCCAGCCUCUUCUCUGUCUUCAACUUGCCUUCAUGUGUGCUUGACUGCCUCUCACCGCUGCUCAGCUGGAGUUUUCUCAAGGCCGGUUUUGCUCAUCAGGGUGCAAAGGAGAAGCGGCUGCUGAAAGAGAACAAUGCCUUCAACGUGUCGGCUUUUGUGCUGCGUUCCAUGAUGAGCGGGCAGUAUUGGCCCGAGGGAGAUGAGGUCUACCAUGCUGAGCUUACAGUUCCUAUCCUGCUGGUUCACGGAAUACAUGACAAAUUCGUCCCCCUUGAAGAGGACCAGCGAAUGGCAGAGAUUCUCCUCAUCGGCUUCCUAAAGGUCCUGGAAGAAGGAAGCCAUAUGGUCAUGAUGGAGUGUCCAGAGGCUGUCAACACACUCCUGCACGAGUUUUUUCUCUGGGAGCCUGCAAGCCCUCUACCACCAAAGUCCAAAGCACGUCCGGAGACCGCCAAGGCUCAAAGUGACAACUCUAAAGCUGUGCCAAACUCUGCCAAGGUCCGACCGGCAACUGCCUUGCAGGCCUCAUUAAACAGUAUGGCAGAGGUCAAGUUGGACAAAGGGGACAAAAGAUAA